GACAGGACUGCUCGGAGGCAGAGGGAAAGACUGAAGCUGCUUGUUGAGAGGUGACUCCCACCUGUACCUCAACACCAGACCUGAACGGCUCCACCAAAUCCACACCACAGAAGAAGAGAGGCUCCAUACCAAGGAAUAAAAGUGAGAAGCAAGCGAUGGAGCAUGUGAUGGAGCGCCACUAUGAUUUUGACCUCACCUACAUCACAGAGAGGAUCAUCUCUGUCUUCUUCCUGCCGGACCUGGAGGAGCAGCGGUACCGCAGAAACCUACAGGAAGUGGCCUCCAUGCUUAAAUCCAAGCACCAAGACAAGUUCUUGCUACUAAAUCUAUCAGAGAAGAGACAUGACAUCACCAGACUUAACCCAAAGGUGCAGGACUACGGCUGGCCCGAUCUUCACGCCCCGCCCCUGGACAGGAUUUGUGCCGUUUGUAAAGCCAUGGAGACCUGGCUGACUUCUGACCCCCACAAUGUAGUGGUCCUCCACUGCAAGGGUAACAAAGGCAAGACGGGGGUCAUUGUGGCAGCCUACAUGCACUACAGCAAGAUAUCAGCUGGAGCCGACCAGGCUCUAACCACGCUAGCAAUGAGAAAGUUCUGCGAGGACAAAGUCUCCUCUUCUCUGCAGCCCUCUCAGAACAGGUACAUCUACUAUUUUGGCGGUUUGCUGUCCGGUACCAUCAAAAUGAACAGCAGUCCUCUGUUCCUCCACCAGGUCCUCAUUCCAUCACUACCAAACUUCCAGGCGGGAGGAGGUUUCUACCCUUUCCUGAAAAUCUACCAGUCUCUACAGCUGGUCUACACCUCAGGCGUCUAUGAUCCCCAGAGCUCCAGGGCACGGAAGCUGUGUGUGACUAUAGAGCCAGCACUAUUAUUAAAGGGGGACAUCAUGGUGAAGUGCUACCACCGGCGGAGUCGAGCAGCAGAGAGGGAGGUGGUGUUCAGAGUCCAGUUCCACACCUGCACCGUUCACGGAGCCCAGCUGUGGUUUGGCAAGACUGAACUGGACCUGGCCUGCACAGAUGACAGGUUCCCUCCAGAUGCUACAGUCGAGUUUAUCUUCUCUGAUGGGCCAGAAAAAAUGAAAGGUCGAGAAUACCGCAAGAAUGACGCCUCCAUUAAAGUGGACUACAAUACCUCAGACCCGGUGGUCAGGUGGGAUUCUUAUGAGAAUUUUAACCUGAACCACCAAGACAGCUUGGAAAAUAUCUCUCAUACGAGGGGCCCUCUGGACGGCAGCCUGUACGCUCAGGUGAGGAAGCGUCGCGGGCCGGGCUCCACUGCCUCAGCAGCAUCACCUAACGGGUGCCUAACUAGCAGCCCAACGGUCAAGCCUCAAACUCCCAGCCAGCCCCAGCCUCUCAACUACACCUCUGACUCUCGCCGCUCCUCAGUCCCCUCUGAUCAACUGGAGGAAGCCUCCUCGCCCAUAAACACUGCCAGUCCAUCGAGGAGAGGAGACGGGGAGGAUGGAGUGAAGGAGAAAACAAGAGGGAAAGAAAGGGACAGAGAGACUGCUAUUUUAGAUGACGGAGACCCAUCAAGUCCUGGAGCUCUGAGGCGAGAGCGCUUGUGUUGCGGUCGAGCAGGUAUGAAGUGUGCUGAUGUGAUGGGAUGGGAGAGGGAACGAGAGCCCUGCCUUUCUAAUGGUCAUUGUCUUGGCCGUUGCAGCAGCAUUAAAAAGCAUCCAAAAAGCCAAACUCUGCCGGCUUUACCGUCCAAAUCUGUGUCUCCGCCUCCUCAUUCAACUCAUAUGGAACUCUGCCAUCGACACAGUGCCCAUCCUUUACCAGAGUUACCAUGGGAACGUCCGCCCCCACCCCCACCCCUGCCCUGUCUCCUCAGGCCCUGCUACCCUUAUUCCGCCCCUGAACGCACCCACCCGCACAGCCACACCCUCCCGGCCUCAAACAGACUCUGCACUGGUGAAGAGUGUCACCUCUUCCAUUACUCCAGCCACAAUCCAGCGUCUCAUCUCUCCCAUCAGUCGCUGCCCUCCAGCCCUUACAGGGAAAUGUUCUUCAGCUCUCCAACACCAUCCUCUGGCUGCCCCUGUCCGGACUGCUCCAGUAGGCAAGAGCACCAAUCAGCCUCAGUUAGAACAUUCCACCCAUUGCACCCCGACCAAUCGGAAAACCCACACUGGCCCCAAGGAGCAGGGGUGCAACGAACAAGAGAGGCGCCUCCACUGUGGGAAAGUGAAAAUCCAUGGGAGGUGGCAAGAGAGGCGGAAAUCUGGCAGUGUAAAUCAGCCAUGCCGGCAUUUCGUGUCUGCCACUCCGCUUUGGAUCAGGGUCCAAACCUGGAGCAUCCUAGAUAUGCCAUCGGGCCUCACCAGGGCUACCCCAGCCCCCAGUCUCUGAUGGAUGUGCGGGAUGGAGCCAGCAGUGGGUACCACACCCCUCCGCAGCCCCACCACUUCUGUCCCUGCUCUCCUUAUCAGUCAUCCCCAGCCGAGAGCCAUGAGAGCCGGGGUUACGCCUCAGGGUACCAUUCUGGAUCUGCCUCGCCUCUGCCUGCCAGUAGCCCCUCUCCUGGGAGAGGCAGGCUGCCCGAGACCCCCUCUGCAUCUAGAGCUGAGCAUCACAAAGUGGAAAAAGCUGUUGCCAUCGUAGAGGAUGACAUAUCCCAGGGUUCAGAGGGUAAAAAUGGCCAGUCAAGCACCCCUGGACUGGACUCUGAUCAUGACUACACAGUCAUUGGUAGCAGCAGUCCCACACACACAGAAGACAGUGUAACUGCUGAUAGCCCUCCUCAAAACCAAGAAACCUCUACACAUCUGGAGUCCAACGUAAACAGUGGCAAUAAUAUCACACCAGUACCAAGAGAAACUCAAACCCAAAGUUCCAACAUAUCCAUGAACUCCUCACAGCCAUCAAGUGAGAGCUUGAGCUCUGAUGGUGGGCUUGGGGCAGCUAAGAUCACAGGGGGUGCAGAGGGAUCUAAUCAGUUACAGAGUUCAAGCUAUGCCACUGUCAUCAUCGCUCCUGUCCAAGUGCAACUGAAUGGCUCUGCCAUCCCCGGUGAGUCCCCAUCUGACAGCAGCAGAGGUGCAUCCAUGAACCCUUCUGCCAGUCUGAGUUCUAGCCCAUCCACCACUUCCCCAAAUUCUCCUAUUGGCUCCCCGGACCUCCAGUCUUCUCCCCAGCGAUCCGCAUCAGCCAUAGAUGCAGCAGGACAAAGACUGACUCCAGACAGAGACAGCUCAGCCGACACCAAACCGCCAUCUCCUGUGCCCGACGGAUAUCACACACCAACCUUCCCCUUAGCAUCCUAUUACUACCCAUUGCUAAAUGUCCCUCAUGUACCGUACACCGGGUACACUGCAAUCACCAUCCCCGCCAUCCAGCCACCGCUCCCGGAGAAGAAGCGGCUUUCAACCACACCAGGAUCCCUGAAUGGGCACAACUCUCUGCUCCGGGCCUCCUCAGCUCAUUCCCCCACACACCAUGUUACUUUCUCCCCCUCUGUGGGAGAGCAGAGACGGGGGUCGGCACAACACAGCUGUAGGGAGGAGACAGACAUCAGGGUCAAUGCUAAGUUUGUCCAGGACAGCUCCAAGUACUGGUAUAAACCGGGCAUCUCCAGAGACCAAGCCAUAGCUGUUUUGAAGGAUAAGGAACCAGGAACUUUCCUCAUCAGAGAUAGUAACUCCUUCCAGGGGGCCUAUGGCCUGGCCCUCAAGGUGGCCACCCCACCUCCUAACGCCAACAUCAUUGGCAGCAAAGGGGAUCCUCUGGAACAGCUGGUGAGACACUUCCUUAUCGAGACUGGGCCACGGGGAGUGAAGAUCAAGGGCUGUCAGAACGAGUCCUACUUCGGAAGUUUAUCUGCCCUGGUGUACCAGCAUUCAAUAACUCCCAUCUCUCUGCCAUGUGCCCUUCGCAUCCCAGAAAAAGACCUGGUUGGAGAGCUUCAGGAGAUUCAGAGUGCAACAAACACCAGCACAGCGGCCGACCUCCUCAAACAAGGAGCAGCUUGCAACGUGCUCUACCUGAACUCUGUGGAAACCGAGUCGUUGACGGGGCCCGAGGCUGUUUCCAAGGCAACCAAGUGUACUUUGGCUCUGAAUCCACGUCCAGCUGCAACAGUGGUCCACUUCAAAGUGUCUUCUCAGGGCAUCACUCUGACCGACAGCAAAAGAAGGCUGUUUUUCAGGAGACACUACCCCAUCAACAGUGUGACUUUUAGCAGUCUUGACCCCCAAGACCAGAGGUGGACUAAUUCUGAUAGCACAUCAAGCAAGAUGUUUGGCUUCGUGGCGAGGCGGACGGGCAGCGCUACGGAGAACGUGUGUCACCUGUUUGCAGAGAUGGACCCCGAGCAGCCAGCUGUGGCCAUUGUCAACUUUAUCAACAAAGUCAUGCUGGGACCACAGCUACACAGAUGAGAGAGCAGGAGAAUUUGAAAACUCUGGACUGUUGGGGAUCUGGGGGAGAUGUUAAAAUGAUUUUGACAUGUGUUUUAAUGAAGUGUGUGUGUGUGUAUCUACAUUUUUGCUUGCAUUUGUACAGGUGGCACCACUGUGCUUGGCUGUAUGACUGUUUUUAUAACAGAAUCUAGUUCUGACAGAUCAGCGCUCUGUAGGGCAAAGUAUUGUAAAUAUGUGAGUUUCUGGAGAAAACAGUUAGAGGGGAAUAUGUUCAGUUCAAUAUGCCAAAAACUGUCCUAACUUUGGUAACCUUUACCAAAUGAGAUUGGAAAAAAAAGCUUUUUAUUUCGUUUGAUUUUUUUGCUGUUGAUGAAGUUAUUUUGUUACCCUGUUUCAAACAGUUCACAUAAUGUGCUACAAACUUCACAGGCUGCGUGAGCGACAAUCCACUUACUGCACUGUUAUUUGUAUUAAAGGUUUCUCUACAGUUAAAGCUCGAGGGAAAAUGGUUCAGGUCUUCAGCAAUGUAGUAGAAUGUAAGAGUCAUGUUUUCAGGUGUAAAGUGGCAUAACUGCUAUUUUGGUCCUUAUGCAAUGUGAGGAAGUGAUUAGAUGAAAGAAAGAAGUCAUGUAUUUUGAUUAUUUAAGAUGAAGGUGUCUUUGGCUACAUUUUAACUCAGUGGUUUUAAACAUGUUUGUAACAAUCAGCAUUUUGUUCCCAUUACAAAUACACUGUUAAAGUGUAUUUUUGCUGAAGUGAUAACCAUAGUUGUAGUAGUGUAUUAUGCCAAACUACAGUUGAAAACACACACAGAUGGACAAUUUAACAAAAUGUUAUGUAGCUACUAACUACAUACAUGGACAACUUGUCUACAGUACAAAUAAUAAAAAGCCUUACUUUGUGAAGUUAGAAAUGUUACGGACUCAAUGGACAUCCUCACAUGACAAAAUGUAGAACAUCUGCAAUGUUGGUAAUGACACCAUUAAACAGAGCCAGUGCAGAUUACUAUUAACCAUAUCACAGAUUAGUCUUGGUCCUGGUUGUGUCUCUUUUUAACCAACCAAUAUCCAUGGCAACACAAAAUGUGUGAGUUAUACUUUAGCGGGGAGUUUCACUUAAAGCCAAAGACUUUAUUAUUAUGUAAAGAUAUUCUGAAUGUUUGAUUAUUUUUUUUAUCAACACAUUUUUGUUGUUUGGUAUUUGUGUGUUUUCUAUGAACUUAUAAAGUAUUUAGAUGACUUAAGCACAAUCGUUAUUUUUCAUAAUGGAUUUUUAUGUAAAAGAAGUAAUAUAUUUUAGUCCCCUGAGGUGGUGAGAAGAA